CAUGCUCAGUAAGAUUCCUAGAGCCCGGAGAGUCGAGGCUCGCCCGUGGAAUAAUUGAUCCAAUCGAAACUCGGCUCGCUCCCGCCACGUUUUGUGCACUGACGCGACACUCUUUAUGUAAGCUACCCGCGUAAGAUCGCGCAUCUCGCUGCUUUAUCCGCGAGUACACGACAAUCCAACCAGUGUGCACCGUGCCGUGAUCCACGGGAAAAACGAACCGCGCCUCUCCGAUCGUCCGAGGAACACGGGCCCGCCUAUGAUCGAGAUAACGACGAGUAACAACAAGUGUCCUGGUUAAACGAUUCGCCCCACCUCUGUUCUCUCUCUCUCUUGGCACGCGCCAACCUGUUUACCGUAAUUUUCGUGGAACUUUACGUGCAAGCUUCCCGACGUUGCUUCAUUUUUAUUUCAAGGCUGGCCAGGCUCCUGGUUACCCUGUGGAAGCGCGGGUAGUUUACAGCAGAAAGGACGCGCGGACGGCCGACGCCGUUCGAUACCAACGACCACCGACGGAACGCGUUUCACCAGAGCCUGUUGAUAUUGGGGGAGGGCUAUGUUACCCUUAACAUGAAAUCAGCUUUUAUAGAGCAACCAUAUAUAGACGUAACGUAAGCAGAUUCGUCAAAUGAUUAUCGAACCCCCAUUGAUCCUGAGGAAAUAACGUUUUUCUUAAUCCCGGAGAAAGCAAUGGUCUGGAUGAUAAAUGUAUUCCUACGACAAAAAUUCGAUUGGAUCCUAUGACGUAACAAAGGAAAAAUUCAUUUGGAAAGGAGCAUUUCAGCAAAGCCGGAGUUGGAGUCGAAGAUGUCCUGUCGGAAAAGGAUUUACAUGGUGGCAGAAUGACGCCUCGGUUAACGGUCUGUAGUGGGGGUGUGGCCCGACACCGUCGCGAACGCCUACGCAGAACGUAGAACCGUUGGGUACGGCACGAGCCGAGCGAGCGAGCGAGCAAGCAAGCGUGCCGCGCUAUCACGAAAUAGUUGGCGAGGUGGACGCAGCGAGGAGUCGAAGGUGUAUGAACCGCCGAGUGGCGCUGCCGUCGUUCGUUGGCUCGCUACCACGGUUGCACCGACGCGACGCUGUCGCCGUCGCCACCACCAUCGCGACCACUACCCCUCUCGCUGGCUGCUUGGUUUACGAUUCUGACAGUGGCCCAAGCGAGCGGUGACAAGCGGACCAACAGUCGUCAGUGCGCCGUCGUGCUGUGCGUGUUGUCUGCGUAUCGUUUCUCUCGAACGCUUCGACCGCGUGGCCGGCCAACUGUCAAACGUGUUCUGCGAGUCGAUUUACCGUGCCAGGGAAACAAGUUACGUUACCAUCGCGAGUGUCUAGAAAUCCUGGUAAUUAUAAAUCCCCUCGCGAUGCAGUGAAGUCUUUCUUUUCUAAAGGGGACUUAAUUCACGAAGGAAAUACGGGAUCGAUACGUAAUACAGUAGCCGGUGCGACAUUGUUUAUGUUUGUAUAUGAAAAGGUGUGGUUGUCGGAGUAAGUUAAUGAAAUAAAAUGUGCUCUAUUUCGGUGAGACCGUCCAGCGGGUUUUGCCGCGCGGUUUACCCUACGAUCGACACGCGCACGUGAACCAUUGGCGUCGACGCCAUCGACGACGCGCCGCCGAGGGAUUAGGAGGUAGGAUAGCUUCGGUAGGAAGGUUCCUCGAGGAAGCGUUCACUAGAAGAAAUGACCGAGUUGGCGAAGGAAGCGUUCGCCUCCCGUAACUAUAGCCUCGCCGUGGAAAUGUACGAGCGGAGUCUGAAGCAACAGAGCCCGAGCUUCGAGAUGUUGGUCGGGUAUGGGGAUUCGUUGGCCAAGUGUGGUAGGAUCAAGGAAUCCAUCGGUGUUUACUCGAGGUGUUUGGCGGUAGGCUCCGUCCCCGUGGACAGAUUGAAACAUCUGGCUAAUGCUCUUCUGGAGGAGCUGGCUGGCGUCGCCAUAACGGUCGCCAAUUCCAGGAGGAAAAUCGAGACGUCCUUCGCGUGUCCUUUCUGCGAGGGAACACUGUGCCAGCCGGUGACCACUAACUGCGGUCAUACCUACUGUAAGGGCUGCGUGGAGCCCGGGAAGAACUGUCGCGUGUGUGGACAAAAGAUCGCCGCUGUGGGUGAAACCAAUGUGCUUGUGCAGAGGCUUGUGGAAAAGUGGUGGCCGCGGGAAGCGGAAGCAAGCAGGGCAAGGCACGAGGGUGACAUUUUUAUGAAAGAGGGACACUUGGGUCAAGCCCUCGAGAGGUACAACCUGGCAAUUCAUCUCGCGCCAAACAGCCCACUCCAUCUUAGCAACAGGGCUCACGUAUUGCUUCUGCUGAAUAGGCCCCAAGCAUCCCUCACCGACGCCGAUCAUGCGGUUAGGCUACGACCGGACUGGGGCAAGGGUCAUUACAGACGAGGAGUGGCUUUGUCAGCACUAGGCAGACAUGAGGAAGCAUUGUUUGCACUUUGCAUCAGCGUUGCCAUUGACAAAAAUCCUCAAGCUGUACGUCACGAAUUGGUUAAGGUGCUGUAUAAAGUACUGUCGGUUGGACACCGUCGUUACAACGUGUCAUCCCGGGCUCCCUAUAAUUUGACAGAGAGCGCAUCGCGCACGAGGAGCCGGCAUCAAUUGAUGAAUCCGAAAAGAAAUCGUCGAGCAGUUCUUAACGGUUCCGACUGCGAAGAUAAUAGCAGCGGUGGCGAAGAGGAAUUCACACAGACUGUUAGCAGGAGGCUCUUGUCGUCUGCGGCACCACACAAUACUAAGCUGCAGGCUGGCUUGGAUCGAAUGUACCAAGAUAUAGAAAAAUUGAAAAGGAUUGAAACAAGACCCGCUGAAAUUCUUUUACCACCUCUUUCGUGCGGUACGGCUGGUGAAUUAGAUUGUAUCUUGUGCUGCCGGCUGUUAUGGAAACCAGUAACAACGCCUUGUGGACAUACGUACUGCUGGAUGUGUUUAGACCGAUGCUUAGACUAUUCCUCAGUUUGUCCUUUGUGUGUCACGUCUCUCGCCGAUUACUUGGCCAGCAGCCAGAAGACGGUGACAGACUUUGUGGAGAGGGCUUUGAAGAUCGUAGCACCAGCGGAAUACGCCUCAAGGGCAACCAGCCACCGAUUAGAACUCGCACAGGGACUCGGCCUUUUGGACAGUGAACAGAUCGCCGUGUUCGUUUGCACCACCGCGUUCCCUUGUGUCGCCUGUCCCCUAUUCGUCUAUGAGCCCAGAUACAGGCUGAUGGUCAGAAGAUGCGUUGAGAGCGGUGUCCGUCAAUUUGGCAUCGCGGCGUGUCUUAACAGGGAGGCAACGGGAACAAAGAGAUAUGCAGAAUAUGGCACCAUGCUUGAGAUUCGGGACAGAGUCUUGUUGAAAGAUGGUUGUAGUAUCCUCAGUACAGUCGGUGGGAGGAGAUUUAGGGUUAUCUCUGGGUGUGAAAGGGAUGGCUAUGAUACCGCUCAAGUGGAAUUCUUGAGGGACGCGAUGGUGCAGGAGGACCAACUGUUGAGCCUCUUAGAGCUGCACGAUAAGGUACGUGCGAAAGGCAGAAGAUGGUGGGACACAGUGCCAUCGUCACAGCAGUCCGAAAUUCAACGAGUAUUCGGUCGAAUGCCAGACACUGAAGAAGAUUGGCCACGUUUGCCGGAUGGUCCCUCGUGGACGUGGUGGUUGCUGGCUAUUUUACCGCUAGGGCCCCAGUUGCAAGUUGGAAUCCUAGGCACGACGAGCCUGGAAAAGAGAUUGAGAGCCAUCGAGAAGACUUUGGAUCACAUGGAGCAGAGGCAGUUGACGGUUGCUCCGGCUCCAUCGGAAGAAACGACUACUUCUUCCAGCAUAUGCCGGGACGGCGGUGGUAUUACGGAAACGACGGUUUCCGUCAUUCAGCAGUCUUAAAACGAAAAAUCAGGUUCCUCAGGGACAAAUCGUUCAAGCCCCUAACGUCAUGGCGGACAGGAGGGAUUCAACUUUUAUUCGAUGUACAAAGUACUUGUGAAGUAGGUUAUCGAAGAUUGCCACUUUUUACUCGAUAUUUAAUAUCCGGAAGUGGAUCGAAGGGAAUCCAUAGUUCGCGGUCAGUCGGGUUUCCGGUCUGCGUCUACUUCCAAUCUUUCUUCUUAUACUUAAUCCCGUUGAUUGCGUUUUAACUCGAGUACGUUCGGUAUGCAUCUUAUGCAUCCAAACGCCUUAUCGACGGAACGAUAAUGCAGUUGUGAAACGCGGGACGUAGAUUUUGUGGGACGUCGAGUGUUCCACACUGUUUCAUUGAAACUAUUAGAAAACAGUAUUUGCUGUAUGCAGCGUUACUGCUAUGCGUUUUGGGGGAAGAUCAAUUCCAAUUGCAAACUUUAAAACAAUCAUAUCUAGCCAGCCAAGGGAAACAGACAUAUUUUAUAUGAUGCCAAAAUUAAUUCCAAAUGACGUUGUGUUUAAAGAAAUUAUCUGAAAUACGGUAUAUUACAAAAGAUUCAAUCUUUGAUACUGAUACGAGUAAAUUUCGUAUUGGUACUUAUUUUUUAAAGUGUUAUAUCUUAGACCAGUUUUGUAAAUUGCUGUAGAUAUAAAGUAACAUUAAUUUAAUAGAUAUUUAUAUUACAGAGAUUUAAACCUUCACAGGACUAAUGGACGCAUAUACAAAUUUUGGUUAUUGAUUAAAGAUAAUAGUAUGUGAUCCUACGAAAAGUUAAUAAAGGUAAUCAGUGAUAAUUCAGUUGAAACGAGUGUUCUAGAAAGUUACAUAUCCCAGAUGAAAGUUAUCGUUUUCCUCGAUAAGGCGUCACGGUCCUCUAUGCGCUGUUGCAAUACGCAAAUCUGUUCUUCCAGAAUAAUCUAUAUACAUAUAUGUAUAUGUAUUACACUUUUAUGUACACACGUACAUGAGCAUGCAAUAUGUUGCAAUCAGAGGUACGCACGUCGUUUCACGCUUACGUUUCAAUCGUACCCGACUUGAAAUUUUGUACCUUGUAAUGAAUCGCGUGGACAUAUACUCAUAUAGGUACAACGAGCGAAAAUGUUGUAUUUAUGGUGAAUGUGCUGAGAACGAAAUAUUCGUAGGGGAAUGAAAGCGUUUGUUUUGUACUUGGUCAAAAGUAGUUUACGAUGUGGCAGGUUCUUUGAGUCGCGACGAAAGAAAUUUCUAUAAUCCUUCGUGGCACUAGAUUACGAUUAAAUAUUUAUAAACACGAUAUUUUUCAGGAAUUGAGAAUAAUACGAGAAAUCGCAGUGAAACUGAAAUUAUAUUCUUCACUUAAUGUCAUUUAUAUUCGAAUGAUUUAGUAUUUAUUGCGAUUUAUAUAGGAAAACGAAAGAACCAGAUGGUACAUACAUGGAAAAAUAUGAAAAUGAUAGUGACAAAAUAGAAAUAUUUUCAAAGGAUCUAUGUAUUAACCUUUAAUUACUUUAGCAGUUUAGAGGAUUUAAUUUAAUGAAUAUUUCCAAGAAUUGAAAGAAACAGUAUCCUUCGAAAAUUCUCAAAACUUUUGACUAAAUUUAUUGGAAUUUUGUCGCUAUCCUUUGAUUUUUACUUUGGAGCUAAAAUUUUGUAUUACGUACAUUUGUGCACCCUUUGAAUUUCAUUUCAAAAUUUCAGAUUUAUGUGUUUUGAACAUUUGGUGUGUGUCUUCUGUCAAAUUCUUUUCCAAGUUUUGUUUUUUGUAACACAUUUAGUGUGUGUCUUUUGUCAAAUUCUUUCACAGGUUUCGCACUGAGAACUUAUGAACUGAAAAAAUGGAUAAACGAGUAACUAGGAAGAGAAAGAUUAGAAUUUUCAAGAAGAACGCUGUAUUUCCUCUCAGUUACUCAACCGUUGGCCAUACAUAUUUGUUGGAAAGAAAUUUCCAACAACGACCAGUGCGUGUGGCAAAACGCUUUUGCAAUGAUAUGAAACUCAAUUUUUUAUACCGUUCGGCCUGUAUUCAAAACGCUCUAGUAGAACAAACUAUACUCCUUCAUAUUUAUUCGCGAAAGAAACUUGAUCAACUAUUUUCUCCUUAGAAGUUUAACUGAGGCAUAUACUUACAUGUUGAUGUUCAACACGAUUCAUGUUAUGAAAUUUGUUAAAGAUUCUAAGAUUCUAACGAAAUUCUUUUAACUACAUAGACAAUCGCUAAAUAAACUAUAUUUGUAAUCAAAAUUAUAAAUAUAAUCUAAUCGAUAACAGUACUACUCUUAUCAGAAAUUGGCAAUAUUUCUAUUUAGAUAAUAAACUUCGUAUAAUGGAUAAGAAGUAAAUCAAUUUUUAACUAUCAUUGUUUGAAUAAUAAUAGGAGGUAAGGGAUGGGAAUAUCGACUCGUCCAAAUAAUUGUCUAAUCUCAUAAACAUUACAAAAACACCGCUAGUUGUUUUUAUUUUUCAUCUGUUAUUUAAAUGAAGUGUUGCUCAUAUCCAAUUUCUAUCAAACGAACAAACUUAAAGCACGAUUAAAUGAAGUCGUAUGAUUCGUUAGUUAUUAAUGUUCAAAAUUAAGUUCACAGAAUGUAAGUUCGUCCAAGAAACAAAGGUGUAUCGUUUAGUGAUAAUAUAGUGUUAUGAAUACGAGCCUUUAAGUUUAUUCCGUCGCUCAUAAGACUUUUUCGACUAUGGUAGCGUAUAGUAAUUUAUUUUCAUGCGGUUUUUUAAGUAUCAUCCGAGACAUAGCGGUUGUCCGAAAUGUUAGGAACGUCAUAUCAAUCAUGCAAUCAAACCUACAUAAAGAAAAGGAAAUGAUAUGUGUCUGUUGUCACGAUUAUUGAUCAUUACUCUUGUUAUUAUUACUAUUCUUAUUACUAUUACGGUUAAGAAGAGUACCGUUACUAUAAAAGGUACUGUCUAUACCACCAUUAGCUUCUAGCGUCGCCGAUAUUCUAUAUUACCAAAUGAGUAACGACGAUGGUUAACCAAUUGGCAUUACUUGAUUAUACACGUAAAUAUUUCAGAUUUUCAAAAAUGUGUAGAAAUUAACAAAAAAAAAAUAUGAUGAUAACGAAAACCAACAUUUUUCAUCACGUUUUCUAACUGAUAUAACGAGCACCGGUUUCGUUGUCGUGGAAGAUUGAACGACGUGUACCGGCUGCUCUCCGACUUAGAUUUAUAUUCUCCUCUCUAGACUUUUACGACGUUGUGAAUCAUGCAUUGUGAUAUUACUGUAUAGCCUACCUAUUCUAUAUUGUUAUAAUAUACAUUACAACAUAGUAUGUAAUGUCACACAACUUUCCAUUUUUACUUCAACAUUUCUAUAUUUAUCUUCAUCUCUUCAUAUGGAAUUAUUGUAAUAAAAAUGUCACGAAAUUGAAUGCCUUGAAAUGUUUAUUUACUACAUCAUUAUUA